UCCAGUAAUCCCGCGGCCUUAUGGAGCUCCUUCCGGUAGCUAGUGAUGUCUAAUGUCGGAGCCACAGGCCGCAGUAUACCUUGAAAAUAGCUACUAGGAGUGAACUAAUAGUGUAAGAACUUACCUAGCCGUCUAUUGAGUCGAUAAGAGCGGAGGUAGAGUGUGAAGUGCGUGAGAUUGGCUGGGUGUUUGUGCCUAUUGAUCUGGAGUAGUCACAGUUGUGGGCCGAGUAUCGUCUGGCCGCCUCUCAUACAAAUCGCAAAUAAUCUGGUGUCGUGUUGUUGGUGUGGUGCUGGUGGUGAGUGAAGUGGGCGGCCCUGGGCGGCGGUGGUUGGCGGGGGGGCGCGGCAUGGGGCGUGCCCAGGUGCUGGUGGAGGCGGCCAGCGGGCCAGCGGCAGGCCCCGCGGGGCGGCACCCUCCCGCAGGAGGCAGGUAGGCACUGCCCCGCUGCUGCCCCCGUGCCGGCGUGACCCCCUGCUGCCCCCCUGCUGCUGCUGACCUCCGCUGCUACUGCCGCAAGUGCCAGCGCGGCCCCUCGUCACCACGUGCCCCUACCUGAGGUGUUGGGCCGCCAGGUGGUGCUUGGGCAUGGCCGACCCCCGCGGGGCGUGGCUCCCCUGCGCACUCCCCCAGGGACACUAGAGCAGCAGCCACCAUGGCGGCAGACGGAGGGCCAGACAUAAUGCCCGACCUCUCACACCUGACGGAGGAGGAGCGCAGCAUCAUCGAGGGUGUUAUGCGCCGUCAGAAGAUCGAGGAGGAGAGGGAGAACGAGCUGGUUAGGAGGAAACAAGACGAGGUUCGGGUGCUCGAGGACACCAUACGCCUGCGCUCCGAAGUCCAAAGAAAAAAGGGCUUGGAACUGGAGGCUACCUGCCAAAUCUGCCUAAAGACCAAGUUUGCCGACGGUGUGGGGCAUAUGUGCAACUAUUGCAACGUCCGCUGUUGUGCCAGGUGUGGUGGCAAAGUCUCGCUCAGGUCGAACAAGGUGAUCUGGGUGUGCAUCCUGUGCCGCAAGAAGCAGGAGCUGCUGAUCAAGACGGGCACGUGGAUGAACACGGGCCUCUCGCAGCACGGGGAGAUGAUGCACCUCGACCACGACUUCUCAGGUACGCCGGCGCCUGUCACCCCCACGGCCGACAAGCGCCCCAAGCUGGAGCGCGGCCCCAGCGCCGACGACAACCGGCCGGCCAGCGUGCAGGGCCUCGUGGGGCCGGCGUCAGGGGGCCACCACAACCAGGGGGAGGCCGGGCCACACCACUACCAGGGGGAGGCCGGGCCUCACCACUACCAGGGGGAGGCCGGGCCUCACCACUACCAGGGGGAGGCCGGGCCUCACCACUACCAGGGGGAGGCCGGGCCUCACCACUACCAGGGGGAGGCCGGGCCUCACCACUACCAGGGGGACCCGGCACAGCACCACCCCACCUUAGAGUCGCGGCCUCUCUUACAGCGUUCAGGCAGCGCCCAGGGCCGCGAGCUGCGGCGGCAGUUCUCUCAGGGACGCGGUGGCGGCGAGAGUGGGCGGCCGGCGCGAGGGCGGGCGGUUAGUGAGGGGGGCGAGGAGCCGCCCUCACCUCACGCCCGCGACCGGCCCGUGCCGCCCCCCGAGGCCUUCCGCACUUGCGAGCAUCCGGCGCCCUUCGAGCAGCGGGCCGCGGGUCCCGACAUCCGGGUGGAGCGGGGCUCCGGCGGGCCAGGGUACAGCCCUGCCUGCCACAGCCCGGGCGUCGGGGGCGCCGGAGGCAGCAGCCCCAUGGAGGGCAGCAGCCCCGGCCCUGCCUCCAUGGAGGGCAGCAGCCCUCACCCAGACGACCCUCGCCGCAUGCACCUGGACCCAGCUGCGGCCCUGGAGCGCUCCCGCGGGCGCCGCCGCACAGACCCUGUCAUGAGGAACGACUCGCUGUCGUCAGACCAGAGCGAGUGCGUGCGGCCGCCACCACCCAAGCCACACAAGCACCGCACGCGGGGGCGCAAGCAGCGGCAGCGCUCGCUCUCGUCCUCUGACGAGGAGGUCCGCUCCACCCCCGAGUGCACCUCCUGCGAGGAGCACGAGGCCGAGUCCGAGAGCGUCUCGGAGAAGGGCGAGGGUGAGGCGGUGGCAGAGCGGUGGAAGAGAGAGGAGAUCCUUGACGCCAAGAUCAAAAAGUUCCUGGCGAGAAUUAGGAUUCAACCAUCCAUUAGAAAGUCCGAUUCUGUCCAGCCGGAUGGACGGAUAGGGGGUAUUACAAGGAUAGGACACUGUAGGACGUGUCCCAUCCCGCGGGAUAUGGACCAGUACCCGCGCCCUGGGCUAGGCGAGCCUGGGGGGUCGCGGAGAGAGAAACACUACCACAGAGACUAUCGCCUCCCUAAGGAUGAAAUUCGGGACUAUGGGUUAGGGAACCAUCGGGACUUGGAGUCCUUUCCCAGGGACCUGGCAGAUAAAUACAGGGACAGAUAUAACCAAUACCUGAACCGGCUAGAAAGAACUUACCAUAAUCAAGUAAGUGAAGAAUAUUGUGAUAAUAGGGCAACUGAUAGUAGAAAUUACACGGAGAGGAGAAAGAAAACAGUGCGUUUUAACUCGGAAGGCUGGGACACGUUGGAGGAGGAGGAGCUGGAGCCGAGCGUGGACCCCAGGUGGACUAGUGCCUCUAGUGUAUAUUACGAGGACCUACCCCGGCCGCCCCUCGGGGUGGGCGGGGUGUGCAUCACCCGUGACCUGGCACAGGGGCGCCGCCUGCCCCACUGGUCGGGUGGACGCGAGCUUCCACUACCUGCCGCCAGGAAGGAACUCUGGGAAGCGGAACGCCAGGAAUCACAGGACUCCCAGACCAAAGAUAGCGGCAUUGACUCAGGCACAAGUAGUAACUUUAACUCCAGCGAGGACUCGAGCAAAGGAGAAGUGCCGAGAGUGUACAGAGUACGUAUCUUUUCUCUUACAAGUAGCUACGAAAAGUCGAAGCGACGAACGAAAGCCAUCGCGAACACCUUGGAUCCGCGGUGGAACCAGACGUUCGUGUACUGCCCACUACGUCGCCCUGAGCUCAAGAACCGCUCCCUGGAGAUCACCGUCUGGGAUUACGACAGAUACGGCGCCAACGACUUCUUGGGCGAGGUGGUGGUUGACCUCAACGCCGCCCCCCUCGACGACGAGCCAGAAUGGUACUACCUCUCUGCCCACGACGAAACCCUUCCACCACAUAUGCGGCGUGGCAUGUACGUGGACACGGAGUCGGCCUCCACCAUCGCCUCCACCGACCACUUGUCCCCGCCCUCCACCACCUCGCGCCUCAGCGAGUCUGACAUGAGCGACCUGGAGGAAAGCUCCCUCCACCGCGAACGACGCACCGACGGCGCCUCCAUCAGCAGCGUCGGCUCCUCCUCUAGUCCGCCGCCCGAGGAACGACAGAUGGUUGGGUCGGGGCUGGAUCACCGGUCGCGGCGCGACACGUCGUCGCCCCCUGGGAGCCGCCGGCGCACGACGACCAUCGUCACCCGCGAGGACGCGAGGUACCGCGCCAAGGAUCUGACGCUGCCCGCGCACGCCGCCACCCGCGCCCGCAGCCAUUCUGCGGCGCCCACAGAUUCGCCGUCGCUACAUGUGUCGCGCUCGCGGAGCAAGUCUCCUCGCCGCGCUCCUGAGCCCGCGAGUCGCUCCCUCUCCCCUCCUGAAGCCAGGCCCGGGUACGGUGGCUCCGGGAGGAUACCAUCGCGCAGUGCCACAGCUACGCCUACCGGCUCCCCCAAGAAACGACAGCUGCCCCAAAUACCUGUCUCGCUGCAGCACGCAUCUAGAGACAAGGUCACGCAGCAUACCUACAUGGAGAGAUCACCUCAGGACCUGGAGGAUCGGGCUCGCCAAAUGAAGAUGAGGAUGCGACAAAUGCAGCCCUACCGGUCUGGGGGGCCCCCUCUCCACUCCGGCUACUCCGAUACUGAGCUGCGCACCUAUGACAGGUACUCGCGUGGACGUGGCGGCCUCAUAUCACCUGAACGAGACCACGAGCGUGACUACCCUGACUCCUCCAGCGACAUUGAGAGUGUCGUGAGCGUGACUAGUGCCUUCUCCACGCAAAGCGAGAGGCCGCGAGGCUCCAGGAAACUCAGUAGGCGGCACCUGAGUAGCUUGAAGAGCAACAACACUCACGGCUAUGACGUCACCUUGGACCAGCCUACGCUCGCGACUGACAAUGACUACGACUUCCGUAUCGGGCGGGACCCGUCUUGUGGCUUGCUCGACAUCUCCAUGCGUUCCCUCAGCCCCGUGCGUCCACCUCCUGUGCUCAAGCGUUCUCUCUCAAUGGGCGUGGCGACGGGCGUGUCGAGGAGUGCCCCCCACCUAGCGGUGGGCCCGCGCCAACACCCACUGCCACGCGCCCUCAUGCGUAGCAAUACAGUGGUCAGCGUCGCUCCGCAACUUCGGGCCCGACAUCGACUACAGAAGAGUCAGAGCCUCGGCGAAAACGACCGUCGGUGGCUUAUGCAUAACGACCCUGAAUUUCUGAUGGAUCACUGGGACGGAGGUCAUGCUCUGAGAGACUCAGGUCACAGACGUCGCACGAGGUCACUAACUCGAGACGAUGUGGUGCUGCGCUCUCACCCUAAGAAGACUGUAACGUAUGAGGAUGAAGUGCUGUCCAAGCAGAGGGUUCCGGACCUUUCUGCCAAGUCACGAAGCUCACUUUCAAUAGAUAAAUCAGUGCCUUAUGAGUCCGAUUUAGUGGUAAGGGAAGACAUGCAGGACUCCUAUGUAUGUAAGUCUCAGGCUUCUCUUGAUGGUUACAGACAAGCUCAAAACCCGGAGGCGGCGGCACACCCGCCAGAGGCCCUCCGGGCUCUGUACCGUCGGAGAAGCUCAGUCCGUCUGGCAGAUGGCCACAGCGCAGGAACUUAUUACGGGUAUGAUUCUGAUUACAGUGGAGCCGAAACGGAGGUGUUCCUUCCAGACCGCUCUUUAGACCGUUCCUUCAGUUUAGAGCAGGUGGAUACAAGUGACCUGGAUCCUGAAUUCAGUCGUUUAGCUGACCGACGGACGCUGGGACAGCAGGGCCGUGCCAUGACAGACGAGUUCCUUCCUAAUUCACUGCAUGCUAUGCAGGAAGGAUCCAGCCAAACGCUUCCUAGGGCUCGGCGCCCUACUGCUGGCAGCCAAUCUCGCAGGACAUUCAUUAGAGCAAAUACUGAAAGUUCUCUCCUGAGGGACCCAAGUAAAAAUCAUAAGAUAGAGUUGAGUUGGAAACCGUCCAGAGAAGAGCAGGAGCGUCGGUAUAGUGUUCUUCGUGAGUCUGUUGUUGAUGAAGCGCCUCUUGAGGACAGGAGACUGUUGGAGCCGACCAGAGGGCUCCAAAGCAAUCCAAUCCUUGCACAUGUAUUCAGUGAAGGUGCCCCACAGCAGAAGUAUGAGGUGUGCAGCUCCAAUGACUUGUUUGUUCCUAUGGAACAGAGGAGACGCGAUCUCACGCAACCUGUGGAUGACUGCGAGCGGUACCCAAGUGAUGACAGCUCCUAUGAUACUCAGCAGACGGAGGCAUUGAAGUAUCAGGAACAGCGAAGGCACAGCAGAUCUGCUUCACUUGAUCAAAGCAGACGUAUAGAACCUGAUGUUGUAAAUGAUAGGGGUUAUCAUGAGUCUGAAGCUGUAGACAACAGGAGAAAUCAAGAUCAGAUUCCUGUUGACGAUGGUAGAUACAGAGAACAUGUCCCAAGAGACCCAAUAGAUGAAGCAGGGUAUCGAGAACUAGAACAGAGAGAUCCAGUAGUCGAAGACAGGUAUCUAGAGCAAGAUCGCAGAGACCCUCGAGAUGAGAGAAGGUAUCGCGAACAAGACCCAAGACACUCGGAAGAUGAAGACAGAUAUCAAGAACAAGAACCAAGAGACAUAAUAGAUGAAGGCAGGUAUCGAGAACCAGAUCCAAGAGACCCAGAAGAUGAAAACAGAUAUCGAGAAGAGGAGCCAAGAGACCCAUUAGAUGAGGGCAGGUAUCGAGAACAAGAUCAGAGAGAUCCAAGAGAUCAAAGAGACCUUAGGGAUCCACGAGAACCAAGGGACCCAAGAGACCCAAGGGACCCAAGAGACUCAAGGGACCCAAGGGAUCAAAGGGACCCAAGGGACCAAAGGGACCCAAGAGAUCCAAGGGACCCAAGGGACCCAAGAGACCCAAGAGACCCAAGAAAUCCAAGAGAUCCAAGGGACGCUCGCGAUGGAGUAAGGUACCGCGAGCAGGACGUGAGAGUCUCGAGGGGCAUAAGAGGCCCAAGAGACCCAAGAAGUGAUGGAAGAUACCGAGGACAAGAGCUGAGAGACCCAAGAAUUGAAGGAAGGUAUCGAGAACAAGACCCAAGAGACGACGAUAGGUGUCGAGAGCACAUAUUUAUCAACAGAGACAGGUACCAGGAACCUCUGCCUGUUACAAGAGGUCGGUAUAGGGAUGAGCACCUCCUGGAUGAGGAAAGAUAUCGCGAGCACGGUGUGGUGGCCGAGGCCAGGUACAGCGAACAGGGAGCUGUGGAGAAAGAGAGGUACAGAGAGCAAGGGGCUGUGGAGAAGGAGAGAUACAGACGUCAGAACACAGUAGCUGUGGAUGCCGAUUACAGAAGUUAUAGAGACCACACUUGCCUGGAUAGAGAACGGUACAGAAGUUCUCUCUCAUUGGACCAUGAGCGAUACAGGGACCAGGGACCGGUGGAGCUUGACUCCUACAGAGAGGGUGAAGAACAGGAGCGAGGCUACCACAGAGGUCCUCCGCCAGAGGGCUACAGUGGCCUGGUUGAUGACCGGAGGUUCUAUAACAGCAAGGGGAGCAGGAAGGAUCUGAGAGAUCGAAAGCUUUACAACCAUGAUGGACACUUUGUUGAGCCGUACGAGGGUGAGGAAUAUAGGUACAGAGACCCACACCAUGCUCAGGACCUCCGAGGCAGCAAACGGUACACUACACCAGCCGGCUACGAUCCCACCUUCACGUACCAUGAUCCCAGGAGACCCCAGGACCGACGUGACAGUGCUUCUCACCCGCACACCCCGCACCCUCACGACCUCGCUCAUGCACAUGGCCACCCUACUAACACCACCCACGCCCACCCCUCUAACACCAUCCACGCCCACCCUUCUAACACCCACGGGACUUAUGCAGACCCAUCCUAUAAUGUAGCAGAGUCCCGUCCUCACUACCCUAUCGACGCAGACGUAGUCGAAGGAGAUUUCCCUGACACAGACAGACCUUUAACUCCCAGAGUUCGCCACAGUUCCUCAGUUAGUAUUAAUGAGCACCCUGAGUACUUUGAAUUUGACGCCAAUAGUCCCCCUAGUACGGAGCCUCGCGCAGACGCUGAUGUAGACCCUUCUUCUAAUCCUGCUAGUGAGUUUAGCCAACGGAUCACCGCCUAUGGGCCCGUGGGAGUCAGCUACGGCGGGGCAAGUAAACGCGGUCAGCUGGGCAGGAGCCUCUCCACCAGCGAGGUCCCCGAGACGGAAAAAGCUGAGGAGGAAGGUGAGAGAGGAGGAGACAAACCCGAAGGCCAAGGGACAGAAGAACGCGUGGUUGAGGAGGUGGAGGGAGUAGUGGAGGAAGGUGGCGCAACAGAGGAGGAGGAGGAGGAGGAGGAGGAGUGCCCCGAGGGAGAGUGCAGCGCCGAGGGUUCCACCACCCCCCCGGAGGCCGCGGCCACGGCCCCCAACCGCGACUCCCUCGACGUGGAGAAGUUGGAGGGUAGCUUGAGUGAUUCCGCCACUGGGAUGCUGUCGGUGGAGAACAAGGAGCGCAGAAGAACCAGCAACGGGAAGCAGGGACAGGUGAUGGGUCUGUCGAAGAAGUCGUCGUCGACCUCCAAGCUCUCUGACACUGGUCGAAAACGGAAAUUAGGCUUUCGGAAAAAGUCUAGAAGCCAAAUAACGGUGCACCGGAGCGAGGAGAUCCUUCCGACGGGGUCGCGGCACCUGAUGCGGCAGAGCUCGAGCCAGAGUAGUGAAGAAGCCGACGGGGAAGACAGGUGUGGACCUGGCUACCCCUCCUGCCGGUGGGAGGGCGGUAGAAAGCGUAGUACUAGCGGAGUGCAGCGGUCUCAGGAGGUGGUCCCCACUCCUAGCCAGUCUCGCUUGGUUAAACAACCUUCUAAGGAGUCCACCGACGAUAGCAUGAAUAGCAUCAGUUCUGAGGGCUCCUCCCGCGUGCCGUCCAUGCGCCUGGGCACUGACGGCCAACUGAGUGAAUUCAUUGAGGGUCUUGGCCCCGGGCAGCUGGUGGGGCGACAGGUGUUGGCGGCGCCGGCGCUCGGGGACAUCCAGUUAUCCAUGUGCGAGCGCAAGAACAAGCUGGAGGUGGAGGUGAUCCGGGCGCGGGGACUCCAGUGCAAGACGGGCUCCCGCGUCUUACCCGCUCCGUAUGUGAAGGUGUACCUGGUGGCGGGCAAGAAGUGUGUAGCCAAGGCCAAGACCGCCACGGCCCGGCGGACGCUCGAUCCCCUCUACCAACAACAGCUCAUCUUCCACGAGAGGUACCAGGGCUGUGUUCUUCAGGUGACGGUAUGGGGCGACUACGGCAGGAUGGAGGGUCGGAAGGUGUUCAUGGGGCUGGCUCAGAUUAUGCUCGAUGACCUCGACCUCUCCAAUAUAGUCAUCGGCUGGUACAAGCUCUUCGGGACAUCGUCUCUCGUGUCCCUGCCCACCCUCACCCGACGCGGCUCCAUGGCCAGUCUCGACAGCUUUGGUUAGAGGUGAAGCGAGGGUAUACCCGACCCCUCUGCACUCUCCCUCUAGGAAGACCUGCACCACGCCCACUCUCACCAUGGGAUCAAGCACUUCCGUGCCCGCCUCACGCCCACUUCCUCCCCCACCCACCGUCAGCUAGUGCAGAACAUUCAACGACACUUGCAACCUGCAAUGUUGCUAUCAAGCAGAGUGUGAGGCUUUUCAUUGGGUGCUCUCUUUUGUCUCUGUUUCCAGACUGGAUCUGACACUAACUGCUUGUGUUGCAAAUUUGCAGUAUUGCAUUAUGAUAAGGGGCUCAAAGACAUCAUCGACUUGCCUAAGUGGAGACGAUGGUAGUCGUCUUGACGCGGUACUUGGGGUUGCUUGAGUAUCCCGCAAGUCCUCUUCCUCUGCAGGUGAAGGAACGUGUGCAGGACUGGCGGUGGCCCAGGCGGGCACACGGGUAACCCACAGGCCACCGGGGCCACGACACCAGCAGCAGCAGCCCCCCCCGUUACCCCAGCGUGUGGCAGGAGGUCUGGCUCGCAACACUGCCCCCGGCACCCCAGCCUGCAGCAGGCUGCCGGGGGAGGCCCACACCACCGCCCCGGCCUGCACACAUCACUCAUCAGUGCCCUUCACACUUCCGGACUUCCCGUUAACGUGGACUCUCGUCACUUGAUUGCCUUGAGAGCAGUUUUUUACAUGCCACAAUAUGAGUACAUAUAACACUUCUCCGGCUUGCCCUGUCUAGCUUUAGUAGGCAGGAGGGGCCGCGUCACAAUGCUUGUGAUUUUGACUAAGUGCUUUAAAUAAUAUUACAGAAUAGUUUUAAUCAUGUGUGGAAGUUUGCUCCAUAGAUUACCUACCCCCCUUUCUAGUUUCCAAUACUAAGAUGGCCUCUUGUAGUCCAACACUGUGCCCCAUGCCCCCCCUCCCUCCCUCCCUCCCUCCCCCUUCAUCCCUCCCUCAUUCACUCACUCCCUUCACAGCCCUCCACCACAGCCCUCCACCACAUCUUAAAAUCCCCCUCCCUCCCCCCUAUCCAUUUUCUACUUUUUGCUUAAUUAUUGUCUACUCCCUAUCUUCCCAUUGAUAGUCACUAACCAAGUGCUCUCUCUCUCUCUUUCUCUAUCCUUCCAUUCUCUCUCUCUCUCUCUCUCUCUCUCUCUCUCUCUCUCUCUCUCUCUCUCUUCCUCCAUUCUCGUAGCCUGUACAUCAAUAUGUCAAUGAACUAUAAUACACUAGACGCUGUCUCCACAUAGCACAGACUCCACUGUGGUCUCUUUCUUCCUGUGGACUCUCAGUAUUGUCUCUUGGUCAUCAAUACAAUUUUCUCUCUUCCCUUU